AUGAAGAAUAAUAGUCUACUACUCUUACUGGUGAUGGUGGCGAUGACGGUCCACCGGCAACAGCACACUGUACACGGCAUCACGGUGCACAACAGCUACAGCAUCAAGCACAAUGUACCGCACGGUGCAUCCGAGCACGUCACUUCGUCGCACACGUUCGACACGAAAAAUCCGGACCCGUGGGGUAACAAGCAGUACAAGGAGGUGACGAUCACCAAGAACGUGCCGGUCCCGAUACCGAUCAAGUACGAGCGGCACGUGGCCAUCCCGGUGCGGAUACCGGUACCGAUCGCAAUCCACAACAAGAUCCCGAUUCUGGUCGAGCGGAAGGUACCGGUGUACGUGGAGAAACCGUUCCCGGUGCAGGUGGAUCGACCCGUCCCGUACGCACUACCGAUCGAGGUGCCGGUUUUCCAUAAGGUGGCCGUCGAAGUGCCCAAACCCUAUCCGGUGCACAUUCCCAAACCAUACCCGGUGUUUAUCAAGAAGUCGGUGUACGUGAAGCAGCGUCCGCAGCCCGAGGAUGGCCAGCGGGUGAAGAAGAGUCCCGGCAAGAUGUCGAUGGCGCAGCGGUUGUGGAUGUGA